CGUACAACCUUUCGCGAUAGCACCGUUUUUCACGGCACUCUCGAGCCUCUUCACACCACCACUAAAACACACAUACGCAUAUACAUUGUUGUACAUAUACAGAUAGGACAUCGAGACACGGCUACAAACACACAACUCGCACACUCACUCACAAAUAGUGCUACGGAACAGCUCGCCGUAGGACAGGAUUAUAAAAUAUUUUCCUGUCCAUUCGAAAACGAAUCCUUGUCGGUUGGAUUUGUAGUAAUAAAAAAACUGUAUGGUGGAGUUCUCAAAAACGCAUUCGUUUGGAAAUUAUGUAUGGCCGAGAAGGAUAAAAUGAUGUGUGCCAGAAAUCUGCUAACCUAGGAAGAAAUAGUGCGAAAAUCGAAGAUAUGUGCUAUGAUUCGGUUUAGUGAAAACGGAAUUGAAGCUUAGUAAAUUAUCAAAUGGGUCUACAGAGUGAAAUGUGUGUUUAUUUACGUAACAUGAAAACGAAGCUAUAGGCCACAUCUUCCCUUUAUUGUUAUGUGAAAAAUAAGAAGGUUCUUUUGAACUUUGACAAUGUGCUAAAACAUGUGAUAGAUUAUAAGCUGUGAAGUGAGAUCGUUUCGUCAAAUGGCUCGAUAGAGAAAAAUUAUCUAACCCGAACUUUAAUGGUUAUUAAAUGAGUCUGCUGCAUUCCGGCAAUGUUCGUGCAGUUGUAAGUCAUCAAAGAUGAUAGUGAGUUUUUUCCCCGACCACAUAUGGGGAGGAUGCACAGCGAAAAGUCACCAGCAGAAGAAUCAACUAUAUCAUCGGAUCAUCUACGCCCUCAUUAGUGAUAAGUACAUCAAGAACCGAAGGCUGCGCAAAUCGUCCUUUGCACUACUCUACCUGUCGUACGUGUUCAUCAAGAUGCUUCCAAUGACGCUGGCUAUUGAGACGAAUACCGGUGUCAAACCGGUGCCGGUCCUGAGCGUUCGAUCUCGCACCCUUCCGGAAAUGGUGGUUCCGCACCUCGAAGAAGACGACGACGAUUACCUGGAUGAGGAUAUUGACGAGUACGAUAUUGUCAACAAUAAGUCAGCCAAAGGAAUGUACGUUGGAGCCCCAUGUGAGUUCACGUGCCACGCCAAACUGCAUCACGUGUACUGUGAUCCCUCUACCAACACGUGCAGCUGCGAAAAAGACUAUCUAGUACUGAUCGGAAUACUAAGAGGAUGUGCCAAGCCCAAAAAGUUAGGGGAACAAUGUUUCUACGAUCAGACUUGCAUCUACAACGACGAGCACGCCCUCUGCGAGCAGAUUAGUCACAACGCCAUCUGCCAGUGUGCGCCCGGUUUCCACUCCGUUAGCUAUUCAAAACCAACCAAACGUGUCUUCUGUACACAGGAUUUGGCUGUUAUAACUGCGGAUCUUCCAACACUAUUCGGUGUCACCAGUGGCAUUGCCGUGCUAGCCGGUCUCAUUUGCAUGGUGCUGCAUUUAUUUAGCAAAACGAAAUAUCCUCGACCUCGACAUUUCGGCGAUGCCAACUUAGCGCCGCCAAUUUUGUACAACAGUGAUACAGGGAUUCCAUUGACAAUACAGUCGGCAAGGCCUUCGUCGCGUUCCAGCCAACGAUCUAGCGGCUCCAUCGGUUCCUAUGGCAAUCGACGGCCGUCCAGUGCUCCAUUGCACGGUUCCAAAGGUGUCUUGGUGUCAACCUCGCGUACAGGUUCCCGAAGACCAAGUCUAGCUUCGAUUCACAGCACCACGUCGUCGGUUCGGAGUUACAGCAUGCGCCGAUUCGAGCAGGAGGUCCAACAGAAGGAAUUGCGGCAGGAGAUGAAGAAACACCUGGUGCGGCUCCAGGAGCAGCAGCAGUUGCAAAAAAUCAAACCUAACAUCAUCAUCGGCGACGUGAUAUCUUGUCCGAUGAAUAAACCCAUCCUGACCACCCCCAGCCCGAUGACGCCGAACUCGAUCGAUGAUUUGCUGCCGUCGGUCGACGAAACACAGGAGCUUUCUCCAAACCUAAGCCAGAGGUCUAUUAGUGAUAGUACAUGCGGGGGCUUUGACGGCCCGUGCAGCUCCACUGAACUAUUAAAAUAAAGCAACAUAUGACAACAAACAACUUUUGAAAACUGCGUUAAAUGGAUGAUUCACUACAACAACAACAACAAUAGAAAAAAAAACAAAACACAACCGCGAACGACACAACCUAGCAGUUAUCAUCAUUGUUAAAUAGAAGUUUUAUGGAUUUUUUAGAUAAGUUACAACUUACAAGUACGACAUUUAUAUAGUGUAAUAAAUAAAUAGUCGAUAGAGGAAAAUAAUGACGAAUCUGAUGAAACAACAGCAGGCUAGAAUUAAAGACCUAACGAAAGACCAAUCAAAACAAAACAACCAGGAAAUCAGAUUGUGAAUCGAAUCGAUUUAGCCCUUGUUCCAUGUAAUUAAUAAACAAUAGUAUCGGUUGGCUGGUAGGUUAACUCUAGCACAGUCUAAAUCCUAAUGUUCCAACAGUGGAUCGAGCAGAGAUCAUAUCGGCAGCAUUGAAUUAAACCACUAAAUAAGCAAUACUCACCAGCAAAUAGAUGAAAAAGCUCAAUCAGAUAUAAGACAGCAGCCGUGCAAAUUUAACUAACUAUGGCAGAGGCAAAUUGGUGACAGGAAUUUCUAAUGAGAUCAAAGAUUGCAUGAGGAAUACAGGAGAAAAUAUUUUUAUGACUGAAUUUAUGAACUAAAAUAUCGAGUAAAGUACAACAUGAUUCUCCAUUCAACACACGAGAACAGAAAGCAGUCAUACUAAGCAGGGUAAGGAGCUUGCCUUUCUCCAAAAAUUUAGUGGUUUACAUACGGUGGAAUAGAUAGGAUCUGUACGAGUUGUUUUGCAUUUUCCAAAUCCACAUGUUCAUGAGUUAAUGUCAAGCUUCUAAGCGUAUUUCCUAAAACAAAAAUCAAUUACUCACAUUCAUUGAAUCUUUACUUAGCUAACACCGACGUUCGAGUGCAGCGUUUCCAUUUCUAACGUUUGACAGUGUCACUCAAUCUAAAAUCAAAAGCGGUAAAAGGAUCGAGAAAUUAUUAUUAGUGAUUUAUUAGCAGCUUUAACCUUCCAGGUCAUUCGUCACUGAUCGGGAUAUUUUUUUGUAAUUUAUUCAAAAUUAAACACGCAGAUGGAAAACUUAAACUUGAAUUAGAGUUUCGUUUGGGAGUCAAUAUUUGAUCUUCGAGUGAUUCGAACAUCUACGCCCAUUUUCCUACUAAACGAUGCUUGCUUUGUGCACUAAAAAGAACAAAUUGUUAUAUUUUACAAAAAAAAAUGAUGUAGAUCCUCAAAAGUACGUUAAAAAUAUGCUGGUUCAACAGAAAAAAAUAUCCCGAUCCGAGUGAAAAGUGAAAAAUUACAAACCUAUUGGAAAAAAUGCACUACACAACUUUAACGUAUCAGAAACCUGUACAUUGGAAAACAACAGACUAACGGCUUAAUAUGAGACUACAUGAAGCUCGGAAUGUAUAUAAAUUGGCGUUUCUUAUUAUCUGCAAAAGCUUUAGAAAGAAAGUAAAAACAAAAUAGAAAAAUGUGUUACCUUAAUUAGAUCUGUGAGUUCGGAACCUACUAUUCGUGCAAUGCUUCCUGAAGAAAAAUGUUCAGUUUGGCAAAAAAAACUAUUCCAAGGAAAUACACAUGAACAAUUUGGUUGAUGUAUAAAGCGUAAAAAUGGCUGUCAAAAGAUGUUGCGGAAGUUUAUAGCGAAUAUUCGUUACGAAAAAACAGUUUAGAUGGUAAGAAUUUAUAUACAAUCGCAGCAACGACGAAGGCGGAGUCGUAUAGAUAUUAAGGCAUGUAAACAGCAUUGAAUUAAUAAAAACAAAAUAACGUUCAGUCAUUUCCAAUAAACAUUGAUGAUGAACGAAAAAAUAGAAACUGUGUUACAAUGUGUAAAUUUUGUUUCUGUUCGUUACAAAUGUUUUCGGUCGAAUGAGUUUGUCCUAACACGUGAACUGUGUAAACAAAGAAAAUGAGUCAAAAGUUGCGACUAUUUCAGAAAUAAAACAGAAAAACCCGGAAUAACUA